GACUCGAUCGAAAUUUGAGCGUCAAAACAAACAUCCUACGUGGCACAGUGUUUCUCCUUUUGUCGUCUGUGUUCUGUUUUAGGUCUAAAAGCUUUUGUGGAAUAAUUACAAGUUAGCAAGAAAAGGAACUUCUAAAUCCGUCACGUUUUACAGAUGUUUGGGGUUCAAUUAAAAUUAUUGGCAGUUUUAAUGGUGAUUCUUAUUCUACAAGAACCAAAUGUCUUUCAAAGCUGCGAGGCGAGCGACACAUCUCUGCGCGAUUUGCGUGGAAACAGGGGCACGUGGUGGAGGAGGCGGUGUUCGGACGGCGGCGACGGCUACGACGACGAUGACGAUGACGAAGACGACUCGCCUGGAGGGAGGGGGAGGCGAAGGGGAGCAGGAGGAGGAGGAGGAGGAGGAGGCGGCGGCGGCGAUGACGACCCACUGACCGAGGAAAGGUGGAAGGUCCAGGGAGCGGGGCCGAGGAACCUUUCCGACACCAGCGAGUCCUACAGGAGCGGCUCCGCCACGCGACCUCAGCGCCGCCAGGACUUCACUCCGCCACCAUUGCUAGCAAACGUCCUUCUCUCCUCGUUCUCCUCCCUUCAGCGCCACCAUUCUUCGACGUCGCCCCUGUCCCCGCCGUCGUUGUCUUCGUCGUCACCAUCCUCUGCGACAGGAGGUCUCGCCUCCACGCCCAGAAGUUGGGGACUUCUGGUUGAGGUUGAGCAAACAUCUUUUCCUCUCACUUGGAGGGCCUCGGGCAUCGUGUCCGCGACUCCACCCCUUUGCCAGAGGAGCCCAGUCAUCUCUCCUCGUUCUCUUUCGUCCUCGAGCUCGUUUGUUAUCGGAGGAACGCCCUUGGUCGCCGACGACGCCAAACGAGAGGCCCCGUCUGCGCCCAUAUACCGCACGCUGGAACCCGAGCACUUCUUUUACAUGACGAAUCCGCCCUCCUCGGCAGGACUCGUUAGCCACAACGAAGGGCGACUCGACGACGCUGGGGCAAAUGGGCAUUUGGUUCUCACGUCCUCCAAGCGAAUCCUCGACGAAGGAAGGGGAAGGGUAUCGCAGAAGAACCUCAGGGCAUCGCACUCAUCUCCAGACACCAGCAUCCUUUAUCCCAAGACGCGGUCGAGCGUGCCGUCGCUGAGUGGAGUGCAGCACCAACAACCCAGCUCGCGAAAGAGGUCCUCUAAUGCCCUCCAGGGGACACCUUCAUCCCACGCAUCGCUCACCACCUUUCCAGGAUUAGCCUUCCAAAAUCUGUCCUCUUCCUCUUCCUCUUCCUCCCACCUCUUUCCCUCAAGUGUUUUUGUUCCAAAGACUGUUGUUGUUCCUUCCCACAUGGUUUCUCGAGGUGUCGAUUUUCCGCCGAAGACGAAAGGUCGGACCAGUGCAAGCAGGGCUCGGGCACAUAAUGCAGUCUCACUCAUCGCCCCCUCAACCCCCCUCCUCAGAGAAUACUCCUUCGGCUCAGUCAUUCAAAGCCAUAGUAUAAUUCACGGAGCACUUGAAGGUUCUUCUCCUCAUGUGCCUCAAGUAAAGGUUACAGAAGAUUAUCCAAAGUCCAGGUGGUUCCCUUACCACAAGGAGAGGCUGGAUAAGGGCAGAGAACAUUAUGUGAAGUUGGCAGAGAGAGACAGCAGUCUGGGUCAUCUUGAACUUCAUGAUGUCUCGAGUUCCUAUAGUUCCUUUGAAGAUGUCACUGCAUUUAAAACUCAUGAAAUUAGUACAGGCACAAGUGAACUUCUUGAUGGAGGACGUGAGAUCCCAUGUCGAGGCUGUGCCACCCUGGGACUCAGAGCAGAUGAUACGACCACAAACCCCAUUACCAUAGUCCUCACCUCGUCACACCUCGCAUUCCCAGAACCCCAAACCAGAAGCACCAUCCACUUGGCAGAUUUCCCCACUGAGGAUAGCAAUACUUCCAACACUACCAGCUCUUUGGGGGGAAACAGCACCUCUGAAAUCCCUAUAACAGUCCCCCCCUUAGACGUCCCAGAGCCUAGCACAAAAUUCUCCUCCAUUGGCCACGUAAGGUCAUGCAUCAUUGAGACGAGGGUGAGUGUCCAUCGCCACGAUAUACACACUCAUCAGCAGAUUUGGAGCAGUGCUUCACCCGAAUGGUUCCCUGAGCCACAGACCAUCAUGAGGCACCGGGCAGAGGAAGCAGUGUCUAGUAAGGACCUGGUUCAGGCUCUCACUCUCGAGAGUAGCCUCAGGAGCUAUCCAGAUGUCACAUUUUGGACUCACGAAAUGAUCACGCCCAUGACGACAGUCUAAGCUCAAUGUGAGAGGGUGUUAUUUUCUCUCUCUCUCAUUUUUUUUAAUGGUCUGAAGAAUUAUAUGGUCAUCUGUACACAUAUUUCUCUAUAUAUUUUUUUAAUGAGUGAUUCACACUUACACAGGUAACUGAUUGCCAGUGCUUUCAUCCACGCACAGAGCAGUGCCAUUCCUUUCCACUUGCACAUAUAAUCUCAUGUUCUGUUGUAAGUUCAUGCAUUCCAUGAUUUUUUAUACUGUUUUACACAAAUAAUUAUUAUUGUUAUUAAUCUCACAUAUAAUGAGUCAAUAGUAUAUUUGAUCACUUAUGCAAUACAUCACUUUUAUUGUUCAUAUCAUAAACAUAAUCAAUGGCUAUUCAUUUUUCACCUUCACAUUUACACAUUCAUCUAGAGGUCAGUCAACACCAUCAGUGGGCAUGAUAGGGGGGCACAGGGGCAAAUACCUGCAAAGGUGAGAAAACAAUGGUUCGUAGUUUGACCACCUGUGAACAUUGAGUGUGUUUUUCCUCUCCAAUCACAUUUUCCAUCUCAAAGUUGCCUCUUCUACCUCAUCCUCAUUACCUCAGUUCAAAGGUCUGCUAUCUACUCAGGUCACUGACCAUGGCUUUCACUUUUCUACCUCCAAAUCCUUCUCCAUUCUUUUUUUCUCGCUCACGUGUAAGUGCCCAACCUCCACUUUCUGUAUUUGAUGAUCUCUUUCAGUCCUGUCUCCCUGGAAAGUUUCUUGGUGUCAUUUUUGACUCCAAGCUGUCCUGGUGGGAUCAUAUCCUUUCCAUUAAAGAAGAAGCCCAUCAUCACCUUAGACUCUUGCAGACUCUCCAUAUGUUUUGGGGUUCAGACUGCAAAUUUCUCCUCCAUUUUCAUGUUAUCCUGAUCCUCUCCACUCUUGAUUAUAACUGCCAUAUCUAUUCUUCUGCCUCCAUUUCACUUCUUGCUCAUCUUGAUACAGUCCACCAAUGAGGUCAUGCUUAUCCCUAGGCCUCUUCUGCUCUUCCCCAGUUGAGAGCCUGUAUGAUGAGUAAAGCCUGUUAUCCGUCUCUCAAUGCCAUGCUCUUCUCUGAGCUCAUUCCACCAAUUUUCUCUCCAAACUGCCCCAUAAUCCGUUCUUCCUACCUUUGCCUACACCUUUCUCAGUUCACAUGGUUGCUCUCCUUUCCCAUUCACCCUUUCCUCAUCUCCAACCCUUCCUUUUCCUGACCAUUCAUUCCUUCCUUGGCUCCUCCAGUUUAUCUAAUCUUCCUUAACCCCCUUUCCCAUUUACUAAUCCCAUUUGAUUGCCCUCUUUAUCCAUUUCACUACUAUAUUUUAUUGUCGUGCUUUUAUGUCUAGCUUGUUUCUUUGUUUGAACCAUUGACUGCCUUCAACAUCAUCUCUGCCCAUGCCCGUCGAUCAUAUCCAUUUGUGUGGACAGUCCUUAUAUAUAUCUUUGUUUGAGCAGUUUGAGCAGCAAGUAAAUAGCAAGUUGUAUGAACAAGAUUAUCAUGUGUGCGUGAAACAUUAAUAGUUUUUUAAUGCAGAUCUUUAUUUAUGGUAAUGUUACUUAAUGUUUGUUGAACAAUAAGCCACCCAGAUUUCAGAAGUUUAAAUGUAAAAAAAUAACUUCAGUUACUGUAGAAUUUCCUUACAUCUCGACUUGGCACUCCAUUUUUAUCCACUUGUUAAACGGCCAGAAGAUAAUGAAACAAAAUUCAGGUUUAAAAAAAAAAAAAUACUUGACCGUUCUUAGAAUGCUAUAGCAAAUAAUGGCCACAUUAUUCUCCCUGUUCUUCUGUUCUUUUAUUUAUUAUUCCCAUUAUCGUAUCUUUGAUAUAUUGUUAAAGUGAAGGUGUACCAUACAUGAUGAAUGAUGACAGGUUGACAGUUUGGUGGCAAUAAUCAUGAUGUUAUUCAGCCUAUCCACAUCAACCUCUGAAGAGUGCAUCUCAGUUAAAAUAAAAAGAGUAAAAAGUGUGUUUGUUCUGUUCUUAGAAAGUUGUCAUUCCACGUACCACCAGAAUGUUUUCUAUUUUUGCCAGUAUGUACGUAUGUUUGUACUGUCAUUCUCCAGAUUUGUCUUUGCAUUUACUGUAUGAAGCUGCAGUUUGGCUUAAAUAAAACGGGUUGUGAAUACUCACAUUGAAGAGUA